AUGGGGAACUGUACAGCCAUCAUGGAAUUCAUCCUUAUUGGUUUUGGGAAUCUCCAGGACUUGCAACCUCUUCUUUUCUUGCUGUUCCUAAUAAUCUACAUUGUGACAAUAACUGGGAAUCUCCUCAUCAUUUUACUAACUCUCACUGAUCAGCAGCUUCACACCCCCAUGUACUUCUUCCUGGGGAAUUUGUCCUUCCUGGAGACUUGCUACAGCUCGAUCAUCUUACCCAAAAUGUUGGCCAAUUUGUUAAGUGGCGAGAGGUCCAUAUCUAUUAGUGGGUGUCUGGCCCAAUUUUAUUUGUUUGGUUCUUGCGUUGGUAUAGAGACUUACCUCCUGGCAGCAAUGUCCUAUGAUCGCUAUCUGGCAAUAUGUAGACCUUUGCAUUACACCUCCAUCAUGCAUGGAAAGUUCUGUGUUCAGCUCAUGACAGGGGCAUGGAUUGAUUCUUUAUUGGCCAAUGGCAUAAUCUUGUUUCUGAUGGCUCAGUUACCCUUCUGUGGUCCCAACAUCAUUGAUCAUUACUUUUGUGACUUUGUUCCAUUGGAAAAACUUUCCUGCAGUGACACAAGCCUGAUUGAACUGGUCACUUUUCUGUCAACCUUCAUUUUCACAAUCACACCUUUCUUAAUGACUCUCACAUCCUAUGUUUGCAUCAUUCUCACCAUCCUAAAGAUGCCAUCCAUCACUGGAAGACAAAAGGCCUUUUCAACCUGCUCCUCUCAUCUCACAGUGGUCUGCAUUUUUUAUGGGACAAUCAUCAUUGUCUACAUGUUGCCGGACACCCCCACUCUGAGAGACCUCAAUAAAGUCUUCUCUGUCUUUUACACAGUCUUGACUCCUCUGGUCAAUCCCUCAAUCUACAGUCUAAGAAACAAAGAUGUCCACAAAGCUCUAAGAAGAGUAUACUGCAAAGUGGUGUUUCUUUGA